UCCGCGGGGGAAGAUAGAUACAGUGGAAAGCAGCAUUCUCUUGUCGGCACGCGGAAGGUUUUUCUGGAGCCUUCCCUUUGUAUAAAGGAAAUUAAUUAAGGAUUAUUUCGUUUCGCGACAACAGACCGGCAAAAUGAGCACAAUGACCGCCACCCAACACACGUCCGUAAAGGACUUCUACAGGGACAGAUCCAUCUUUAUCACGGGCGCCACUGGUUUCAUGGGCAAGGUGCUCGUCGAGAAAUUGCUUAGAUCUUGUCCGGGCAUUAAAAACAUUUAUGUGUUGAUGAGACCCAAGAAGGGUCAAGAAGUUCAGCAGAGGCUGCGGGAACUGCUGAAUGCACCGCUGUUCGACAAAUUGCGACGGUACCGUCCCCACGAGCUUUCAAAAGUGAUUCCUGUGGCCGGGGACAUAACAGAACACGAAUUAGGAAUCUCGGAAGCCGAUCAGAAUAUGCUGAUACGAUACGUAUCUAUCGUCUUCCACUCCGCUGCCACAGUAAAAUUCGACGAGGCACUCAAGCUGUCCGUCACUAUCAACAUGGUCGGCACAAAACAGCUCUUAAACCUGUGUCAUCGGAUGGAUAAUUUAGAAGCUUUGGUCCACGUGUCAACAGCGUACUGCAAUUGCGACCGCACAGACGUCGCCGAGGAGAUUUAUCCGCUCUCAGCCGAACCCGAGCAUGUAAUUGCCUUGACGAAGGUCAUGGAUGCCAGAAUGGUGGACGACAUUACGCCGACUUUGAUCGGCAGGCGGCCGAACACAUACACGUUCACCAAAGCCCUGACCGAGAGGAUGUUACAGUCGGAGACCGGUUAUUUGCCGGUUACGAUCGUCAGACCUUCGAUCGUGUUGUCCUCGCUGAAGGAACCGGUAGCUGGUUGGGUGGACAACUGGAACGGUCCAACCGGAAUUAUUGCCGCUGCUGGCAAAGGUUUCUUUAGGACUAUGCUGUGUUACGAGGACAAGAUAGCAGACUUGGUGCCAGUCGACAUAGUGAUCAAUCUAAUGAUUUGCGCGGCAUGGAGGACUGCGACGAAUCGCACGAAAACGAUCCCGGUUUACAAUUGUUGUACAGGCCGACAGAACCCGAUCACUUGGAAAAAGUUCGUUGAUUUGAUAUUCAAGUAUACGCGGAUGCAUCCACCGAACGACGUAAUCUGGUAUCCGGGUGGCCAAUGCCGCACUUCCACUGUAAUGAACAGUUUAUGCAGGCUCUUCCAGCACAUGCUGCCAGCACACAUUUUAGAUUUUGUUCUGCGGCUAAAGGGCAAGCCCAGUAUCAUGGUCGGCAUACAAACGAAACUCCAUAAAGCGACGCAAUGCCUGGAGUAUUUUAGCACGAAUGAAUGGAACUUCUCCGAUGACAAUGUUCGACUGUUAGGCGAACAGCUCAGCCCGGAAGAUCGGCAGACCUUCAUGUUCGACGUACGGGAAAUUGACUGGCCGUCGUAUUUGGAACAUUAUAUACUUGGAAUACGGCAUUUUAUUCUGAAGGAGAACCCGGACACGCUACCAGCUGCUCGUUCACACGUUAGAAAGUUAUAUUGGAUUCAGAAAGUCGUUCAAAUGGGGAUUCUGGUGGCAGUGCUGCGUUUCUUGUUGUUGCGCAGUUCCAUAGCUCGGACUGCAUUUUUCUCACUACUGUCUAUCGUGUUACGCGUGUGCCGCAUGAUUGUUUGACGGCUCAGAACCAUUGUUGUGGAUCGCGAAAAGCGUCAUGAGAAACACAAGCUAACCGUAAAGCAUAAUUUAAAGGUGCGGAUUAUCCUUCGACUUCAUUGCUCGACGUUCCCGGCGAUAAAUCGCUAUGUUCACACAUCCCAUGGGUUGGCCUUUUCGAUGUUUCUAUUUGUUCGUAAAUAAAUUAGCGUUUGGUAGAGGUGUAUAAUUGCGCAAAGUGUGUGUGUCGAUUGUUCAAAGAAAAAAAAAGAAGUAAAAACACGUUUUAAAAGGAAAAACGGGAGAAAAGGGAGACAAAGGGGAAAUAAAAACGGUAGUUACUUAGUUUAGGGUGUUGCCUACCGAUUUCGCUGAUUUUUGGAUAUGUUGACGGAAUUCUAACCAACUUUUUCCUAUAUAUGUAUAAAUCCUUUUGGCUAAACAUUCACAAGUAACACAACUCUCUCCGCUGUAGUAAUCUGCGCUGCCGAUUAGGGGGCCCAAGCAUGAUAUAAUGUACAAUAAAACAACAUAUUGUUUGAAUCGGUAAACGUGCACAUUCAAAUCACGUUCCUUUUAAUGUAGUAAUUUUAAAUCUGCAUCAUGUUUUUACGCGUUUUUUGUAUACAUUUGUUAUAUACAAUAUCUUAUUACAUAUAAUUAUUCCACUUCUUACAGUUUCUUAUAAAUUACUUUACGCUUUAUUAAAAAUUCGGUUAAAUUAUCAUAAUUCUCACAAAUGUCUAAAAAUUCGUGUAAUUUCAUUUUAUACGCGUUCUAAAUUUUGUGUUAAAUACUUAAAUAUAUACACUAAUUUGAAUUAUGCUGACGCUUUAGCGACACAUAAAUUUCACAGCAAGUAAUUCCGACCACCAUUUUGGAAGGACUGAUCAUCUUUGACUUACAAUCAAGAAAAAUGAGGAAACCUUUUACGAAACGUAAGAGGUUCUCCACCAUGUUUAAGUACCCAGCAUUUCUUCUUUUAUGGUGACAAAAGCUACAUAGCUUUUCCCAUUCAACUCCCAUAAACUUUUCUUCGACGACUGAACUAUUUGAAAUAGAAACUACAGUGGUAAUACCAAUCUUCAUAAUAUUAACAUAUCUUGUAAAAAUUGUUGCUCUGAACAACUUUCUCCUUUAAUAAAAAUAAUAGCAAUUGGUAUUGGUAUUGGUUCGGGUAGUUUCCUUAGGGGGGGACUCUUUUACUUUAUAAUUGUUAACAAUCCUUCCAGUCUAAAUCCGGCAAUUUUUAGGCAAUUGUAAAGUAAAAGAUUCUAUUUUUACAAUGUACGUCGAUUUUGCGAAAAUUGGUCUUACCGCCACGGUUUUUGUUUCAAUUGGUUCACCGGUUUUAUCCUAUGGACUCUGGUCCACUGCGAUAUGUUUAUAGAAGCGGUAGAAAAGCAGUCGCCUUAGGCCGACGACAUGCUGGCUCGGACGUGCACAUAUAAACAUAUAGGAUAAAGUUACUUAGAAUUACGUUUCCGACAAUGUAUCAAAAAUCAGCGAAAUCGAUGGGAAACACCCUAAACUAAAUAAUUACCAUAAAAACUAAUGCAGAAUCGAGAAACAAUGUGUGUACUCGAAAAGCUUUCAAAAAUCAUUAUUAUUGUAAAAUCCUUUGUUAUUUCGAAAUGAUCCUCGACGGUAGAGAGAGAAGGAAAGAAAGAAAGAAAAAGAGAAAGUGAGGGUGAAAGAAAAAGAGAAAGAGAGAGAGAGAGAGAAAGUGAAAAAGAAAGAAAGAGAGAGAGAUAGAGAAAGAAAGAGUGAGAGAGAAAGUGAGAGAGAAAGAAAAGGAGAAAGGAAAAGGAAGAAUAUUAGAAAGGAGAUCUUUCUUUCUUUCGUGAUCAACUUGCGUAGUCUUCUUGUUCAAGGAAGCAUCACAGAGAAGAGGAAAAAAACGGAAAGUGAAGCUCAUUUUUAAUGACCGUUUCUCUUAUGUAACGCAUUUCGUUCUCGAACAUCGAUAUUUCGCAUAUCGUUGGUUUGUAAUGUCACGAAGUCAUGGGUAUUUGUUUGGUCAAGUCGAUCACCGAGGGAGCAAUCCAGUACACCUGGAGUUUUUCUUGUUGUUCGUCUCGGUGUUAGCUUGCGGUACUAUCACGUGCAUCGUCGCAAAACGAGUACGACGCGUGAGAACUCCGAGAGCCGGCAGUUCCGUAGGAAUAGAUUCGAUAUACCAUGAAAACUUGUGAUUUGCAAUGUCGGCAUUUCGUUGAGCUUUUUUCCCUUUUUUUAUAAUGAUGUUUUCAAAUCGAUUUCCUUGACUUUCUUUUUUUUUU